AGCCCACUGGAUAAAAAUCUAAGUCUGGGUCUGUCUGGUGUAUCCAACUCGUUCACUCCAAUCGACCCAAGCUUUACUGUAGAUGGGGUGUCGUACUUGGUCGAUGACAAUGACAUGCAACGAACGUUGAAUGAAAGCUUCUCAAGCACCAAGUGGUCUUCUCGUGGCUGGACCUUUCAAGAGUUCGUGCUUUCGCAUCGAGUCCUCCUGUUCCUUUCCGAAGACGUAGUCUUCUACUGUUCAAACGGUGUGGCGUGCGAGAGUAAAUCCUUUGGCGACGACUUAUAUAGAACGUUUUCACCGAUGGAGCAACCCGAUCUACAUCAAGAGUCCAGUAUUCAAAAUUGCGGCUUCCUGCAUAAACUGCCGAGGAAUGAUGCAACAUUGAUCGAGAUUAUAGAGCAGUAUGAAGGGAAUUAUAUUCAGCUACUCAGCUUCUAUAUCGGGAGAAAUUUGACGUACGAUACUGAUGUACUCAAUGCGUUCUCUGGGAUCAUCAACGCUCAAUCUGUUCUACUGGGCGACUUUGAAUCGGGAAUGCCACUGCGUUUGUUUGCAAGAGCGUUAUUCUUGUCGGUAACGCCCCAGUCCGGCCCACUAAGCCGGCGGAACGGAUUUCCUUCUUGGUCUUGGAUCGGCUGGAAACUCGAAGUCGGCUCUCCAAGGACUGUAUUAAAUGACGGCGGUUACAGACAUUUCCGGCAUCGUGGCUACUGGCCGCUUGUGUAGAUAUAUUCGCGCACUGAAUCUGGAAAUCUUGUCCUUCUUCUAGGCCCACUCGAUCCCCACAAUCGCAUCGAGGGAUAUUGUAGCCGCUCUAUC